AUGUGGAAAGCAGCAGACCCCAGACACCAUUUCAAUCAAGGUUGAAGAGGAUAUUGGUGGAGGCAUGCCCGCUGUAGGUGUCAGGAAUGCUGAAUCCGCUCUGAUUCCCAGUAUAACUACAGUAUUGGUAAAGCAGGUGAUCGGAAACCACAGAUGACCUGGGUUGUGUCUUGAUGACCUCCCCACAUCCUUAAAAGGCGGAGACGUAGCGGUUCCUUCUCAGCUGGAGCCUUUGACCCUUGACCCCCCCCCAAGGGGAACAAGGGAAAUGCAUAAUAAACAAAAUGACGUUAGAAAGAAUGUCUCAAAAUAUACUUCUUCUAAUACAUCAGUGUGUAAAAGUACAUGCUGUAUCCCUUUGUGCAAAUCAUGAAUUCAAACCAUUACUUUCUCUGUCUUUGUUUUCCUCUCUGAAGAAGACGGCAAUGACAUCAGAGACCGUAGCACGCCGCUGCUGCUGCGUGCUACUGCUGCGUGUAAGCUGGAGGCCUUGAGCUCGCUGUUGGGGGACUGCAGCGUGGCCAAGAGCCUGUACUGCAGCGUGCGGUUGGUCCGCCUUGAGGAGCUGACUGGGCAUCGGGGCGGCUGCAAGGGCCGGCCCGGUGUCUUGUGUGGCAAGGUUUUUCCCAAUAAUGACAAUAUGAUCGUUCACAUGAGGACAAAACCCGGCGAGAGGCCGUACGGGUGUGACCAAUGCAUCAAGGGCUUCAGUCGGAAAAGCAAGCUGGAGAUCCACAUGAGGACUCACACCGGAGAGAAGCCCUACAAGUGUGACCAAUGCACAAAGCGCUUCAGUCAAAGUAACGACCUGAAGAGACACAUGACGAUUCACACCGGCGAGAAGCUGUAUGGGUGUGACCAAUGCACGAAGAGCUACCGUCAGAAAGGCAACCUGAACAUCCACAUGAGAACGCACUACGGGGAAAUACUCCAAAGGUGCAACCAAUGCACGAAGAGCUUCAGAAAGCAAUGUGAAUUGAAGAUCCACAUGUGGACUCACACCGGGCAAAAGCCCUACUGGUGCGACCAAUGCAUGAAGAACUUCAGUCAGAGCUCCUCCCUGAAGAUCCACAUGAGGACUCACACCGGCGAGAAACCCUACGGUUGCGACCAAUGCACGAUGCGCUUCAGGCAUAGCUCCUCCCUGAAGAUCCACAUGAGGACUCACGACGGGGUGAAGCCCUACCGGUGUGACCAAUGCACAAAGUGCUUCAGUUACAGCUCCUAUCUGAAGACCCACAUGAGGACUCACACCGGGGAGAAGCCCUACAGGUGUGACCAAUGCACGAAGUGCUUCACUUACAGCUCCUAUCUGAAGAGCCACAUGAGGACUCACACCGGGGAGAAGCCCUACAGGUGUGACCAAUGCACGAAGUGCUUCAGACAGCAACGCCAACUGAAGCUCCACAUGAUGACUCACAACGGGGAGAAGCCCUACAAGUGCGACCAAUGCAUCAAGCGUUUCAAUCGGAAAGGCACACUGAAGAUCCACAUGAGGACUCACAGCGGCGAGAAGCCCUACAGGUGCGACCAAUGCACGGAGCGCUUCAGACAUAAACGUACCCUGAAGAGCCACAUGAGGAAUCACACCGGGGAAAAGUCCUUCAGGUGCGAUUAAUGCACGAUGCGCUUCAGUCAUGGCUCCAAGUUGAAGAUCCACAUGAUGUCUGUGUGAUGAAGAAUAACUUAUUUCUAGGACACUUCUGACGGCAAAAUAUUUGAUUUAAUUUUAGAGCUUGACCAUGGGAAGAUACAGGCAGCAAAGUUACCAAGCAUUCGUUCAUUAAGUUCAAAUGCAAACUAUCUUAACGCCUUUUAAUCAGAGGGGACGGGAGGUAUCUCUAGUUCCAAGGAGAAUGUAUAUAAAUUCCUUUCAUUUGAAUAGUAAUUAUAUAUAUAUUGUAUACAAUUGUAUAUUAAAGUUACGCUUGAUAUUUCCAUAA